GUCCGCGCCGCGUGUUGGAGCGCGGGGGGGCGCGCUUCCACUGGGGGGCACACGAGCCCCGGUCGCGUUCCUCGCCCGAGGGGGGGACACGACCAUGCGACGCCUGACGGGCCGGCAGCCCGUCUCGCUGCUCGCGGGCCUCUGCCGUGCCGUCCCGGGCCGCCAGCCAGCGGCGCCCGUCGACCGCUGCUGACGGCGCUCGCGCCAACACGGCCACGUCGACGGCGGCACGCAUGACGCCGGACAACCCAGGCUCGAGUCCAGCCUUCUCGGAAGGCGACGAAGGAGGCGGAGGACGCAGGGUGGGCGGUGCAAGGCGGGUCUUCAAGUUCCGCAACCUGCGCAGCUUGGCCCGAACUCAACUGGGCCGAGCAGUGAACCGCGCCCGCGAACUCCGAGAAUCCGCGGAAGCUGGACUCGGGAUCUGUGGUUGGAUCCUCACCGUUCUGUCGUUCGUGAUUGUCGUGGCCACCUUUCCCUUCUCAUUGCUUUUUUGCAUCAAGGUCGUCCAGGAGUACGAACGCGCUGUUAUAUUCCGUUUGGGAAGGCUCCUGCAAGGGGGAUCGAAAGGGCCCGGUAUCUUUUUCAUUCUCCCCUGCAUCGAAAACUACACCAAGGUUGAUCUCAGGACGCUAACCUUUGAUGUUCCACCCCAAGAGGUGCUGACCAAGGACUCUGUGACCGUGUCGGUGGACGCAGUCGUGUACUACCGGGUGCACAAUGCGGCGGUGUCCGUCGCCAACGUGGAGAACGCCCACCACAGCACCCGCCUGCUCGCACAGACCACGCUGCGCAAUAUUCUGGGCACCCGGAACCUGCACGAGAUUCUCGCCGAUAGGGAGCAGAUAUCCAAUGCAAUGCAGAGCGCCCUGGACGAAUGCACCGAUGCUUGGGGCAUAAAGGUAGAGCGGGUGGAAAUCAAGGACGUGCGUUUACCGGUUCAACUGCAGAGAGCCAUGGCCGCCGAAGCUGAGGCUGCCAGAGAAGCACGAGCAAAGUUGAUUGCCGCCGAAGGAGAGCAGAAGUCGUCUCGAGCCCUGAAAGAGGCUGCGGACGUGAUGUCCCUAAGCCCAGCAGCCCUGCAGCUGCGCUACCUUCAGACACUGAAUACCAUUUCCGCCGAGAAGAAUUCCACCAUCAUCUUCCCGCUGCCCAUAGAUUUCCUCGCCUGCUUCAUGCCUGACAAGAAGAAGCACCGCGUCCUGGAUCCGGACCCGUAGUGGCGCGGCGUCCAUUCGAAUCGACCGAGAGGGAGAUCUUUGUCAACGCGUCGAACCGGUUCGUAUAGCCCGCUUAUGGCGGCUACAAUGGGUCGGGCCUGGGCUGCCCGCGACUCGUGUCCACCCGGCGUGGGUGGAGGAGUGCACCGGCGUCUGUUGCAUUGUUGUUGCUGCACGCGUGCUUGAAAGAAAAGUGCCAGGGAAGCGCCUUGGUAUACGUUGUUAUGUGACGAGAAGGAGAGACAUGCUGUUGAAGUGUGGUUGAUCUGUUGAUUGUUGACAGGCGACGGGCUAUUUGCAUUCGCUCUUGUGUGUUCAUAUGACGGAGGUUAAGGAAGAGCGGAAGUUGUUUCUGUUUACGUUAGCCGGAAUCACAUUUGUUUUCACAGGUCUCUCUCUUGUCCAGUUGAAAAACGUGGGGUGCAAUGCACGCAUGCUUCAUUUCUGAACAUGCUUGUUUAAAAGCAUGUUUAAAAGCAUGUUUAAAAGCUUGUUUAAAAGCACGAUUUUUUUUUCUCCUUAGCUUGGCUUGUAUGCCCAGCUAAGCUGAAAAAAAAUCGUACCUUUAAUCUUCCCGGAAUUGAUCGUGGAGCUGCCCGAUUAAAAAAAAAAAUGCAGUACUUGGCUCGAAACGUUUGCGGACGCGAUCUCAUGCUGUUAUGCAUGCGUACACAGAAAAAAUUGCUGCAAAGUUAAAAAGAUUAAAAGACUCCACGAUCCAUUCAGGCCAUACAUAUAAGGCUUUGGGUGAGUAAGCCUGAAGCAGUGCAAGAGUGGAAUUAUCACAAAACAAAAAGCAGCUGUAUAUACCUACGCGUUGAUAGAAGUGUGAUCAACAUCGAGAUCAUUGAUUUUGAAUUGUUUAAGUAUUUUGACGCAUAGCUUAAACACUAACGUAGCUUCAACAUUAAUUAGCUGGUAUUUGUUGGCAUAGUUAAAAAAGCUGGAGCUAGUCAAAUGAUCGUGCCAGAAAUUACAAAAACUAUUUUUUUCAUUGAUCAUACGUUCAGAAAAAAAAGUCGUUCAGUUUGAACUCUAGAAACGAGUUCCGGCGGAAUUAUGUUGCAUUUACGUCGCAGAUAAGGUGCCCCCAUGAAAUGCCGAAGCGAAAUCUAUGCAUCGUUAUUUGAUGGGUGACUUGUCACUGGCGAUCCGUUCGUGUCUUUCUCUUCGAAGCACUUUUCUAGCAACGAUGUUAUCCACUCGCUUGUCCUCUUGUGCAACCACAAGAGCAGGCAUGCACUUCGUCGCCACUAGCAUGAGCGCACCACAAACACGCUGCACGAGAGAGUGUGCAGUACCACCUCGACGGUAGCCUUGGGGUAGCGGAGCCGAUGAUGACUGUCACGCAAGAAGCAUCCCGAAGGAAGUUUAGCUCUGGAGUUUGCGGGAAGACGGGGAUGGCCGAGGGGCGUAGGUAAACAAACAGAAGAAAGGGAAGGCGUCCUCCUCCCCCUCCAGCCCCCUACCGCUGAAGGUAGCGUCCGGCUGCUGAUACUGGAGCCCAAAUCCCCGGACUGCUCCGCGAGCGUUUCCGUGAAAUCGGCGGCAGCGGUGAGUGCCAUCCGAGCCCCUCCGUGGUCGGCGAGGCCAGUUGGAUAAAGCCGAUCCUUUGAACGCACGCGCAGUUUUCCUCUUUGGGCGGCGGCCGCGCUGCUAGGUGUGCGCUUGCCGUGCCUGCCCGCCGGCGCUGCCAGUCUGGUGGUCACUCUCUCACACAUAGCGGUCUCGCACGCCGGCACGUUUGCUGCUUCGAGCACCAGCUGGUUAACCAUGGGCCAUCGGGGCGGGCGUGGUGAAAGGUUGCGCUGAGAGCAUGCCGUCUUACACUGUUAGCACUACAAGACAAGGGAGUUUCACGUCACACUAUGACGUCAAUACGCUUUGAGACAGCGCCUGUGAGCUAGAGAGAGUAUAAACUUUUGUUAACAGAAACCCCCUCCCCGAUACUUAACGACGCGAGCAACUUGACGUUCGCUCCCUCGGCCAACUGUGAAAGGACAAAAGUUGCGUGUUCAAGAGGCGUUUCAGCAUGAAUAUUUGGUUCGCAGUGCCUCGAAAUCACAAUCCCCCAUCAAGCCGUUUUAAGUCAAGCUGCAAGCAUUUAUUAGACAAGAAAGAUCACAUACUCAGCUAAAAAGUUAAACUUCCGCACACAACGAUAGCUUUUAUAUGCAGCGAUUUUCGUGAGCUCCGUUUAGAGUUUUCAAGCUUGUGCAAGAACGCAUGGGGUAUUCCGUAACUGUUUGUAUGUUUUUCCUCGUUGCGACCAAGGUAACUGAAAUUUUUUAGGAAAAGCAAAUAACAAUACGCUUUCAUUAAACGGAUCGAAAUAGCAUGCUCAAACUAAUUAAACCUUUCUGUCCACUUAAUCAAAAUGUAUCGAGAGUAUGAUGCGACCACUCUGGCAGCGCUGGCCUUUACCUAACGUUCACUGACCUCUGCUGCCCGUCGUCCAGAAAGGGAAGGCUCCUUUAUACAGCGCACAGUAUGAAGUGUCGUACAUAUGGCACUGCCACCGACAGAGUGCAAUGUCUUUUUCUAAGGAAUGUUAUGAGUGUAAAACUGAUUGCACGUGCGGCGCAAUGAACUCUUGAGUCACUGGAGACAGCGGGCAGCGUGCACGUUAGAACCAUUAACAUGGUGGUCAUCACAAAAGAGAUGGCCUAAUUUAUUCGUCAAGGCUAAAUCAGUAUUUUCGUUGAGUAUUCGUAUAUAGUUGCUCGACAUGAUUGGCGGCCCUACGUUUUCUUCCAACGCGCUUUCGGAAAAUGAAAAAAAAAGAAAAGAAAGAAUGCAGUAUAUCGCCAAAACUGCUCAAAAUACAAGACCUGCGCAAUAAGUUCACGAACGCGUCUUCAGUUAGUCAGGCCAUACGGAUUUUCACUUUAGAUAAGCGUGAACCUCUUGAAACAGUUAUCGUGUCUGAGAGCUGCCAAUGGGCGAGAAGUGUCGGGCAAUUCGCAACUAAUUUCUGCAACACCUUUUGGCAAGUUGCCGCGCGACGCCAGUGAUUCAGGUUAGAGCGAAUGGGACGCACAAGCUGCCCGCUAUUUGCAGCACCAUCUAGGAGCAAAGGAACGUGCCAUGCGUGCCAGGCAGCAAUUUUGUUUCGCUGCUUCUUCGCAGCAGUCGUCGAAUUCUGACGGUCCUGCGACGAGCGAGCGUUUACACCCGACGCGAUCGCGCGCACCGCAUGCGCCCUCCGACUCCAGGAUCAGAAUAAUUUGUUGUUCUCCCUGUGUUGACUGGUUGGCUGUAAACGAUCGCGAUCGUGUGCAUCAACGAUUGACGCGAUGCAUAAACUCUACUUGCAGGGGAGGAAGUGAAAGGGAAAAAAAAUAAUUACACGCGAUAACUUUCGUAGUCGAACGCGUGGAGUAACUUUUGUAAACCUAUAGCGUUUAGGUAUCAGCUAUAUCUUCGAGAGUUAAUCCAAUAGCGUAGAUUCAUCUGUUGCAGCCGCAGUACGUUACUUUGUUGGACCACGUAGGAUUAUUUAAAGAUUGGCGAAGUCUCGGAGAGCAUUUUUCUUUAUUCGUAUGUGAAGGGCAAGCUGUCACGUUCAUUUGCCAAAGGUAUAUAUAUAUAUGUAGGCGCCUUAACUGUCUGAGCUAUGGCGUUACAUUACUCUCGUUCUUGGCAACAUUGCUACAGCUAUAGGAACUUUUGAUUGAAGCGCACAAAACUUUCAAGCACAGCCAUUCCAACAGUAGCCUAAAACUCGAUGUUUCUGUUUCUGUGUAGUCGGGGAAGUCGGUUCAUCUGUGAAGGUAUAGGCACAAUCGCUUCAAAACAAACACUUACAAGGAGGCUGUGCACGGUCGAAAUUAUUAGGUAGGUUCACCAAGCAUCGGUUACGAACAGCAGUUCACGCAUACUUCAGUAAAACAGGUGUUGUAUUUUAAAUUUCGUGAUACUGACAGCUUUUAGCCCUUCAUGAUCCGAAUAUUCAAGGCCAGUUGUUACGUUAGCACUAUAGGCGUAAGUUGCUUCACGUCUCAACAAUGGGCGCGGUAUCCUACAGAUGGACGCCGAAAAAGAUGCAAUAGAAAAAAAUGCUUAUUCAAAGUAUCGCAUUCUCACCUACAUUUAAAUGCGCGAUGUUAUCGAGGUUUGUCGAAUGGUAAUGUUUUGUUGUUGCUCUUAAUCCGACGUCAGACUUGUCCUUGGACAAAAAAAAAAAAAACAUUUUGUUUCAUUAUUCCGUUGACUAAGUGUGCAUAUUGUUACCGCUUUAUUUAUUACAUUGGUGUAUGUCUUGUUCGUUAUUCCUGCGAAAUUGUGCAUAAAUGCACACGACCACAUAUUUAUCAGCUCACCGCUUCAUAUAUUUAUUUGAUAGAUUCUCUAGUUUAUGCAGUCAGCAACAGACAUAAGGAUAGAAGCAUCAGACAACAAAUAAUCCAUGAUGACAGGUCCCCUAAUGCAUUACGCUGUAGCGACAGUUUUUUUGUGACGCGCGUGUCUGUCUGUAAUGAGAGCACGGAUAUUUCUCUCUGAUUGUCCGUAGUUUGUAAGUAUAUCUACCUGCUUGUCAUAUUACACGUAAGCAGCUUAUUACUACGCACACGGGAAAAUAAUAAUAAACAAAUAACUCUAUCUAACAGUUUCUAGGCAAAGCCGCUGGUAACCUUGAAAAGUAUUUUUGUAGUCCAACAUAUCCAUGAAUUAACCUUGCUGCAUUUAUUCCGCGUUUCUUAGCCGAGACAAUUAAAAACGACAGCAUCGAGAAUGCUUCAGCGCUAGCUGCGAUAAAAUCUAAUAUUUCAUUCGUGUGUCAUAUUGCGCACGAACACAAAGCAAUAGUGCAUCAACGACAAAAAAAAAUCUGUAAUUGGGCAGCGAAUAUUCAGCUUUGCACGUAAUACUUGUUUUGAGCUGGCGUUCAACAAUUUCCGCUAGUCAAGAAAAAAGAAAAAGUGAACCUUUCAACGUAUAAAAAGCUACUCAAUGCAACCAAGAAGCUACCGUAGCAGGACGGUUCACAAAUAAUUCAUCAUAAUUUACCCUUGGAGUGGUAAGACCUUCAAAUCGGCGCAAAAGUGUGCUCGUGUGGUAUCACGUUAAAAAGAAAAAAAAUGGUGACGAAACACGAAGUAGAGCGACGGUAUACCAGGAGAGUUACGCGAGACCUAGAUGGUGUGCAGCAUUGUCGUUUGUGUGAAACACGCUCGUACACGCAACAAAGACCGUGUGUGCAACUGUAUAUACAGAUGGCACCACAUUGACAUCGUUCACUUUUCUUGAUAUGCAAGUAGAGCUACGCCCUCUCUGUGGAAAGAGGAGAGUAGCGGAGAGAUGAUUCCUCUUUCCUUUGGCGUAACGCUUGAUUCCUGCGCUUCGGAGACAUUCCUGUGCAGCGUUACCUGUGUAGCACCAGCUGCUGCUGCUGUUUACCCGUAUGUGUUGUUUGCAUUUGACGAUGUACGCACCCAUCCUUGCCCGAGUGUCUGCUUAUGUACAAUGUUUAUAGACCUGGAAAAUAAAUUCAAGUUUGAUUGUGUG